GGUCAUGCUCAGGCAUGUCGGGCCGGGCCGGCGCGGGAGCUAAGCCCUGACUUGCCUCCUGGCAGCGCUAUAUAAGGCCCGGCCCGGCCCGACUCGGCCCAGACACCGCCGCUGGAGUCCGGCGUGUGGGCUGGACGAGGCACCGAGGCAAAUGUGCAAUACCAAGAUGUCCUCCCUUGCGGAUGCCUCCUCUGUCACCUCUUCGGAGCAAGAGGCGCUGGUUAAACCAAAGCCACUAUUGUUGAAGUUGUUAAAGUUAGCUGGUGCUGAAAAGGACACUUUUACUAUGAAGGAGGUAAUAUUCUAUAUUGGACAAUAUAUUAUGUCUAAACAAUUAUAUGAUGAAAAACAACAGCAUAUUGUACACUGUGCAAAUGAUCUCCUGGGGGAUUUAUUUGGAGUUACAAGCUUUUCAGUAAAAGAACACAGGAGACUAUAUUCAAUGAUUUCCAGAAAUCUGAUAGCAAUCAAUCAACAAGACUCUGCCCUUCGUGACACACCUGAGGAUGAUGCCACAUCUCAGCUUGAAGAAGAAAAUGUUAUUAAGGAGUCUGGGCAAGAGUUAGAAGAGAAGCAGACUUCAUCAAACGUGACUUGCCAAGCAACUACGUCUUCUAGGAGGAGGACACACAGUGAAUCUGAAGAAAAUUCGUCAGAUGAACUGCAUAGUGACAGAAGAAAGCGACACAAGUCAGACAGCAUUUCGUUGACGUUUGAUGAAAGUCUCUCGUGGUGUGUAGUCAGUGGUCUGUGCCGUGAAAGAAGCAACAGCAGUGAUUCAACAGAUUCUCUUUCCAUUCCUGAUCUUGACGCUAGUUCAUUAAGUGAAAACUCUGAUUGGUUUGACCACAGUUCUGUAUCAGACCAGUUCAGUGUCGAGUUUGAAGUUGAGUCUGUUUAUUCAGAAGAUUAUAGCCAUAAUGAAGAAGGGCAGGAGCUCACAGAUGAAGAUGAUGAGGUUUAUCAGCUGACUAUUUACCAGGAUGAAGAUAGUGAUGCUGAUUCAUUUGAUGAAGAUCCAGAGAUUUCUCUAGCUGAUUAUUGGAAGUGUCCCGAAUGUAAUGAAAUGAAUCCUCCGCUUCCACGACAUUGCCACAGAUGCUGGGCCCUUCGUGAGGAUUGGCUUCCAGAUGAAAAGAAUGUGAAAUUGGAAAAGAGCAAAUUAGAAGGCUCCUUCCUUUCAGAGUCUGGAGAAGGUUUUGAUGUUCCUGACUGCAAGAAAACAAGAAUGACUGAAGAUAAAGAACCAGCUGUGGAUGAGAAUGAGGAUAAAGCAGUACAGAUUUCUGAGUCCCAGGAAAGUGAAGGUUAUUCCCAGCCAUCAACGUCAAGCAGCAUGUUUUGUAGCAGUCAGGAGGACUUCAAGGAACCUGAGAAGAGAGAAACACAAGACAAAGAGGAAAGCAUGGAAUCCAGUCUGCCUGUUACCAGCAUAGAGCCAUGUGUCAUAUGUCAGAGUAGACCUAAAAAUGGCUGCAUAGUACAUGGCAAAACGGGACACCUCAUGUCAUGUUUUACGUGUGCAAAAAAGCUGAAGAAGAGGAACAAACCCUGCCCGGUGUGCAGGCAGCCCAUACAAAUGAUUGUAUUAACUUAUUUUAGUUAGACACAUAUUGACUGGAAAGCUGCAAAAGAAACUUCAUAAACUGGUUAAGAGAGUAAGAAAUUAUUUUUGUAUGCAUAUUGGAAAAUUAAUAUUUUGUGUCCCUUGGCAUUCUGUGUGAAAAAUAAUUGCUGACAUAAAUGCACUGGAGUUAUUAAGAGGUUUGCCUAAUACUCAUAAGUCAACUUGGAGAUUUUAAAUCCCUCUCAGUAGAAAUAACCAGGUGCUCUAAACCACCUGCCUCUCCAAGUGUUUAAUGUUCCAUACAAGUUAGUGAUAUUUGUUUUAUUGAAUUAAAUACACACGUUAAAACUCCAAAUUCAGUGACUGUUGGAGAAGAGACAUGUUGAAGUGUUUAUUUCUGCAAGUUCCUCUUUUUAAGAAAAUAGAUGAUGAUUCAGGUUCCAGUUUGUGUUGCCUGGUGAAGACAUAAAGCUCAAUCAGACCCUUCUGAAUAAGUGAAUAAAAUGAAUAAAUAGAAUCUUGUAUUAAAUUCCUCCAAGUAACCAAAAUCUGUGGGAGAUCCUACCAGGAAGUGGGGAAAGAUGUGAUAGAAAAUAAUUAUUACUUUAGAAACAAAAGGGUAUUGUGUGUCUUAUAUUUUUAUAGUGUACAUUGUAAACUUAAGGGCUGCAUGUCUCCUGAGAAGUCAUUGAUCCAAGCUCAGUCAUACAGUUCUCUCUCAAACGUCCUGAGAAACUGACAUUUGUGGGUUUGGAGGUCUGUACUGGUUAUGGUGAUGAUUAUUACUAAUUUAGCAGCAUGAAAACAGUCUCAGGCAGACAAGAUGAAUGAAGGAUAUGCUAUGAACUGUCAUGUCAGGCAGUAUUAGGGGACAGUUGUUUUUUUUCUGCACUUGUUCUGACUUCAGCAGAAUAAAUGCAGCUGCAUUGCUACAUUCACUGGAAUAAAAAUAGAAGAAAGUCCACCUUCAUCUGCAGAAAUAAGUAAGCUGUGCAGUUCUAGGUCACAUUCUUUAAGUGCAGUAUUCUUUCCCACUCACUGUUUUUACCUGUAGCACAAGAAUUCUGAAAAUCUGCUGCAAGGUGUUUGGCCACCUCAAAAUUGGUCUUGUUGGACCUCUCUUUUACUGCUUUAAGCUCUUGCCUCCUUACUGUACUUUGUCAAAAACUUUGUGAAACUUACCAGUUGUGUGCCCAGGGAGUCUGCUGCCUGCCUCAGUUCUGGGGGCCUUCAGGCAAGGUGGUGGAAGUAGGGAAACCAGGAUGCAGUAAAGAUCACUCAGCUGCUUUUCACAUGGUGAGUUUCUGUACCAGCGAGUGAUAUUUUACAAGAAGAGUUGUAUAUUUUUAGCACCUUUUAUUUUUACAGGUAGUUGCUGACUAUCUGCCCAAUAGGGAAUGGCAAGUAAACAGACAGGGGAGUGCCAGGAGUGGAAAUGUAGUCUUAAGUGCAGGAAUUGUGCUUUGUUACCCUCUUACAGGCCAAGGUUCAACAUCUUCCCUAACACCAGCAGUUUAAAAUUCCUGAUGCCUGUGUGCUGGAACAGCGACUUCUACUGCUCUCCUUAACUCCAGGGCUAUAAAUGCCUGGAAGUACCUAGGAAAAGGACAUAAAGAUCUACAGGAGAGACUCAGUGAAUCCUUGGUUGUGACUUGCUUGAAAAGUAGUAAAGGUAAAGACUGAAUUAUUUGGAUCAUUCACAUUUUGUUCAUACAUUUGAGCUAUUUCUUUAAAAAUACCACUAAAAGAUGCUGGUGUACCUGAAGUUCUAAUAUAGUUCAUUUUGACUAAACAAAAUAUAAACCCCAGUUGUAUACAUUCAAGUUCUUCCUUGCAAGUUUCUUGCCUCCUGCAGUUUGUAAAGUGACAGCAGGUAGCUGGAACUUCUUGGAAGUUUUUUGAUCAGCAGAAACCUUUCAUGGGUUUUAUAGGAUUUGAUAAUCCUUCAGUUUGAGAUUGGGAAGGCCUUUGGGCAGAUAAAUAAUUUUUUCAAGUAAGGAUACUAAUAGAGAGCUACCUGCCUUAAUUUGCACUUCCUAUUAAUUUUUUUUAAUUUUUGAUUUGAUAAACUUAGGUGCAUUGAGGCUUGCAGAGGUUCUUCAUUGCACCUGCAGGUGAGAGAGAACUGUAGAUGUGUAUAUGCAGAAGCAUCAGUAACAUGGGGACGGUCCUUAAAAGGCUUCAUCUCUAAGAAGCUUUGUCCAUUGCAUUGUCGCCCAUGUCUUCCCCUCUUUUAGCGUAAUACCUUCUCUGCAGUCACUGCCAUGGCUGUGUAACUGCAGUGCUGGGGGAGCAGCUGUCCUUACCUAGUUCCUGUUGGGACAAAUUGUACCAUCCCACUCUAGGCAUUCUUUUCCAGUCACAUGCCUUCUCUUGCAGAGAAUAGCCCUGGAACUACCCUCCACUCUCUGCAAGUGAGGAAAUGGGGAAUUUUGAUUUCUACAUCUACAAAUCACUCUCAAAAUGUUUGAGUUACAUUUUAUGGCUUAAUAUUCUUAAUGAAUUCUUUAGUUUGUUUGGUGUGGGUUCAUGCCUUCUGAAUGGAAGUGAUGGGUGUUGAUGCCUGUGCCUGUUCCUGUUGGGGACACUGGCAGGCGAGUGCAAGUGCAGGCCUGGUGCCCAGGGGCUGUGUCACAGUGACUCCUGUGGUGACUCCCGGCUGUGACCCGGAGCCCUUGGCUGUGCCUCCACCCCAUCUCCCAGCCUGGCUGUGCUCUGUGUGUGGGCAAGAGCAGUGAGCACCUUGCUUAUUCUGGCCCUUAAACAUUUCUGGCCUUGGGUAGUGGCACAGAAGUCAGUAAAGUUUUGGUACAAAAGUUGUUCCUCCUUGGUGAUGUGUUUGAGAUGCUUAUUUAAUGUCACACACAUUUUAAUCUUUAAUUUAUUGCUGUUUGUAAAUAUCCGUGUGCUCACAGUUGAAUAUUUUGAGCUCUAAUUUAUUGAAUUAGUCUACUGGUACAUGUGUAGUUAUAUAAAUAUGCUUAUUUAGUAAAUCACAGGCACAAGAAAAAUAUUUUAAGAAAUGUAGCAUUAAAACACAGAGAAAUACUCAUAUUCAGAUUAAGAAGGGCAGAGGAAGAUUUAUGGCUAUGUUUCCCUUUUUCCUUCCCUUAAAACAACUUCUGCAUUGAACCUGAACAGGAUUUAUUAAAUAGAGAUGGUGCUGGUGCAGCAUUAGCAUAGUGAAAAUAUUUUGGUGGUGUUUUGCUUUCCUUUGGAAUGCUUUUGUAUCCCUGAGUGCAGGCAAGAAGCUGACUGACUGCUUCCGGGUGCUGGUAGCAUUGGGAGUGAUGGUCUAGGAGAUGCAGGACAGUGAUGAGAGGCUUUAAGGUUAAUUUGCAAAGGUGGUAAUGGCUUUUGCCUUUGGACACGUGACCAAGAAGGUUGCAGGGGAGGCCAGAUGCCAACAGGAUGUGAUUGUACAUGAUUUUCAGUAAUUUUCUUAGUCUCUUCCUUCUUGCACAUCAGGCAGACAAUAGUUACGUACAAAUGGUGCAAGAACUUGCAUUUAUUCUUUUUCAUAAAGUACAAUAAACCUACUUGCUAUUUAAAUACAACUCUUUAACUAUUUACCUAUUUGUUGAUAUUGAAUUUAUAUUAGUAUUGAAAUUCACCCCACACUGGCAGGAUUGUGGGCUGUGCUGUCCUGUGCUGUUCCUGUUAGCAGAUGAUUUAGAAGGGGUAAAAGUGCUUCAGAAUGCUCACUGGUGAAAAGCUUACAUCUCUUCUAAGAGCAUGGUACGAUUUUUAUCACUGAGUUCUGUUUGCCAUAAAUUUGUUCAAAUGUUGUCUCUGAAGUGUCUGGGGAUAUGAAGAUGCUUGCAGGACUUCAGGCAGAUUUUUUUUUUCUCUUCUAUGACUAAUAUGAGGAAAAGAAAAUUCCUCGUUCUUACAGGAAGUGUCAACAAGAAUAAUUGUUCAGAAAAUUGUGUCUUACAAAAGAGAAAUUAGAAAAUUAUUAGGAGCCCAAUGAAACUGAGUACACCGAAUAAAUAGGACGAAUACAGGGGUGAAGAUUUUUUUCUUCCCCAUCUUAAUCUAAAUCUGCUGUUGUGUUAGGGCGUAACUUUAGGUAGAGUUUAUAAUUUUAAAGCAGGUACUUUAUUCAGCAUAUAUUAACUUGUCACACACACGGUGGAGCAGCAGCUAUCCCUUAUCCCAGGAAGAUACAGCAUUUUGUUGUGCAACAUUUGGCCUGAAAAGGGGCAUUUGCUGUUGUGGGGCUUCCCUGUGGGAAGGAGCAUUGGACACAUUCACGGCACAGCGUGGUUGUGGAGGGGCUGUAGGCUGGCCUUGGUUCCACAGCAGAGCAGAGCCUUGCUAGAGCGUCAGUCCUCUGGCUCUUUGGGGGAUUACCUGCCCUGCCUUUCCAGCUCCUCCAUACCGGAGUCCAAGGUGUGCUGUGCUGUUUAAAGGUUGCACAAGCAAAGCACAAAACCCAGCUUAAGGUUUUAACAAUGGAUUGCACUUACUGAACAUGAAAAAUGGUUGCUUUUAACUAAAGUGUGGGUGUUUUGUUAGGGGUGUUUUUAGCACAGAUGCACUGAAAGCUUCAGGUGAAUGCUUCUCUAGUGUACCUAUAGCUAUAUUAUAAAUGUGCAAUUUGUCAGUGAUACUUAAAAAGAUGGUGGCUCCCCUUUAGCGUAGAUGUUGUUUUAGCUUAACAGCCCACUUUUAAAGCCAGUUCUUGGUCUUGAGCCACAGUAGUGGCUGUCAGGAUGAUGAUUACUUAACACCUGAAGUACCAAUAGCUUUUCUAAAACCAGAAUCUUUGUUGUCUGACUACACAUAGCUGGGAUGACGAUAAACAGAGUAGUUCAUAGUGAAUUUAAAUAACUAUGCAACACGCUUUCAAGAGCUUGACCUGGUGCAUUACUUUCCAGCUACCCAGUGCAUGUAUGACCACAGUCAGUAACCAUUAAAAUGCAAGCAUCCACUCCAAUUGCACACAGUAUGGAGCCAUUAUGAGAAGUUUCACGUGUGUUGCGGUUAUCUUUCAGUUUUCAGUUUUCCCUUUUCUGAAGGAAAUUGAGUACUGUGCUCCAUUUAAAAGCUUUAAAUAAAGAUUUGUUUAUAUACUCCA